AGCCCUUUGGCCAAACGUCUCUCGACGCCUGCAUACUGCACAGCUGACUCAUGGUCAAUGUGGGCGGCAGGUCUAAAGGAUGCUCACACUGCCGCAGAAGGCGCAUCAAAUGCGAUGAGAACCGUCCCAUCUGCAGGCGGUGCCAGGGAAGCGGUCUUCAAUGUGACGGACCGAGAGACACAGCUUUCAUUGAAGGAACGAUUGUGAGAUCUAGGAGGUCUCAAAACCCAGCGAUAGCAUGGGUGAGGCGUGACAUUGAAGAGCAAAACCGUGCUGUUCAGACAAUACUGCAGUCCACUGUCCCUUUAAAGCAGAACGAGCAUGAGGUAUACAUUUGCUAUACGCGCAAGCACCUCCUCCCCGGUGGCCCCCUGGACGUGGGACUGCAGGACCUCCAACUUGCUGACAUCACAACGACGAGCCGAAAGACUACCGAUAGCGUGAAAGGACCGGUCUUCAACCAAGCCAUGCUGAGCUUCGCCGCCGUGUUUUUCGGUGCUCAACACAAACAAACCAGGAUCCUGACACAAGGAUAUGCCAUGCACGGAGCUGCACUCAAGCAGCUAAACUUCACCCUAUCAGACUCAAGCUGCUACAUCCGCGAUGAAGUCAUCGUCUCCGUUAUCGCGCUGGCUAUGCUGGAAUGCCUUGUACCCACUGGGCCCAAGAACUAUCUCAAGCACAUGCUUGGCCUCGAAAGACUGCUCGAGCUGCGUAAGCCAGAAUACCUUGCGCAUUGUGUGAGGAAUAUGAUUCUGUUUGCGUCGGUGCGGGCAAGGAAACCAUCGAUUUUGGCGAGACCAGAAUGGAAGAAGGUAUUGAGAGUGCACUGCGCCGACCAAGACAUGCAAGAGCAGGACUUGUGCGACGCUUUGGCCGACUGUACCGUCCUGCUCGCGGAGUGCGACAAGUUGAUGACACUCUGGGCAUUUGAUAUGGAAAAGGCAGUUCCGCAGCGAGAUAAGUUGGAGCGAAAUGCUGUGGCGCUGUUGACGUAUUUGCGUACUUGGAAAGACGCAUGGGAUAGCGACGAACAAAAUGCUUAUUAUGUGGAGUUAGCACCUCCUAGCGACUCGCAGUCUCCGCCGGCACAGAGUGUGGGUGAUGACUCGCGACGCAUGAGUACGGUUCUAAGGUUCGGAACAGGCUCGGCAGCAAGAAUGUUGAUGCUGCACAGCACAACACUUAUUCAUGUCCUCCAAAUCCUUGCUUCUCUUCCACUCAACAGCUCGGAAGACCGCAGCGAGCAAACCGCGUCUCUGAUCCCCUGGCAGUACACUGCACGUGAGGACGAUGACAUCUGGGAAUGCAUCGCAAAUGCUGAAUGGGCUGCUGCGGCACGCUUAGCCGCUCUGCAAGCUGGACAGUGUCUCCCCGACUAUCUGGAUCACGAGAGGGCACUUUCUGAUCUGCAAUUCGCUUCACCAGUGGUUCAAUGGGCUGUUAGCACAUCGUGGAAGACACUUGGUGAAAAUGGGACGGCCGAGGGGCGGUGGAUGAUGGGCCUACUGAAUGAAAGAAGUAACCAGGCUAUUGCGAGAGGUAUGUGGGAUGCAUGAUAUAUCGAAUCGAGGGAUGAAUGUGGGUGCAUUUGUAAGUCUUCUAGCUUCAUACUUUUGUAUUUACAUUUGUCGUUUAUUACAUCGUCCAUAUAAGUAAAUACAUCAAGCUACAUAAUUCAACAGUCUCACGCCC